AAAUACACACUUUGAGCACCGAUAUAAGAGCUUCCGUCGCCGUCGUCAGCUCACAGUAUCGCAUUCAGCUCUCACGGCUGUUGUCAUAGAGAUCUAGGAGCAGGUACUUCAUCAUCAGCGAGAUUUACAGUGUCAGCGAACUGCGAAGCAUGGGGGUGACGCAAGCUAUGAAGUAUGCUGCACCGUUGCUGAUUUUACUCGUCGUCGUCUGCUGUGAGGGAGAGCAUGGUUACAGCCGUGGUGGUUAUGGCCGUGGUGAUUAUGGCCGUGGUUACAGCAGUGGUGGUUAUGGCCGUGGUUACAGCCGUGGUGGUUAUGGCCGUGGUCAUCCGCAGGGAUAUACCGGUAGCUACAGGUCACACUACCAUGCGUCGUCAUAUCCACGAUACUCGCAUGAGCAACCGAAUUACCGCGUCGUGUCGUACACCCGGCCGAGCAGGGUACACGUCUCACCCACCUACGUGCAUGUGGCCGCACCUCGCCACGACUACAGCGGAGGCUACGGAAACUACAACGACUAUGGCUCUGGCAAGGGCGACAGCCAUGGCUACGGCAAGGGCGACAGCCAUGGCCACGGCAAGGGCUACGGCCAUAAACGUCAACACUUUACCCACAUCAGACAUGGUCUCGAUCAUCUUUGGCACCUUGGCCACAAAAAGAUAGGAUACAAGGGUCAUCACUAGAUGUCACCACGGUGCAAAGCCGCUGCUUUUGGUCUGGCUUUAUUCACUGUUGAUUGGUAUGGGGUAAGGGAGAGCAUCGCUCCGAAUUUGAACUUUGGUGUUUCCAGGAGUGAAUAAAAACACAUUUAUUUAUUCAAUCGUGUCUCAAAUAGCGAAUUCUCAUAGUUAGUUCUUACGUAUGAAAUUGUUAACACGCUUUAUUACCAUUUUUAUAUAAUGUUGUUUGCGUGCAUUGUAAUAUAACCAUGAGCUUAAUCAUUUUGAUACUACCUACUAGAAUAGAUUAUUUAGUCUACCGUCAUGCGUUCAUGGAAUAACUAUUGAAAAAAGUUUUAUGAAGCGUUUGCCUAGGAAAGAGUUAAUGUUCUUAACGAUUAAUAUAACAUAAUGAUAUAAUCUGGUGUGAAUAAAAUCAGGUUAAAAAUAAAAUAAAAUAAAUUCGCUCCUGAUAUAAUAGAGAGUGACUGUAGGCUUUACGCGCGUUUCUCCUACUGCUGCUGCUAGCUGCUGCUUUGUUUGAUAACUAUAGUAACGUAACGUGUUGGGCUGAUCGAGGGCCGCAACGCCUCGACUGCCUGCGGGUGAAAAGGGAAAUUUAGCCAUAAUGGCUGACUAAUUCGUGUUUAGCAAUGUAGGUAAUUCUGCUCAGUGUGCUGCGCGCUGCGAAGUUGUUGUUUUUUACGGUUGUUAUGACUACAGGCUAUUGAUUUUAUGUUAUUGUUAUGAUAUAUUUAUAAUAAAUUGUAAUGAAUAUUUAUUGCUUUA